AUGGUUCCGCCGGGUCUGCUGCUGCUCCUCGGCAUCGCGCUAGCCGCGGGCUUCUGGUCCCUCGGCGAUUAUGUGAACCUGGUGCAGCAGGAGUCGCUGGGAGCGCCGCUGCGUGUGGACAAGGACCUGGGCAUGCGGCACAUCUACUUCGUGGCGGUGGCCUCCUUGGAGAGGGCCGAGUUCGCGAUUCGCAUGGAGCGGACCUGGAUGCACGCUGCAGCCAACCGGAUCUACCUGGUGGAUGCCCUCCUACCAGGCAUCCCAAUGAGCUGCCAGGUGGUGAUGAACGACGGCACGCCGGGUCCGCGGCGAAAUCGAGACGGUGUUGCUGUGUCUCGCCUCAUGAUCUGGAUGAACCAAGUCCGUACACUGCAGCAGCCCGGUGGCCUCCCUCCAGAUACACGCUGGAUCGUGGUCCUCGAAGAUGACGUGUAUGUCAACCUUGCGCGGCUCUAUUACUUCUUGGCCGGCCACGCGUCCAAAGACGAGCACCCGGUGAUGUUCACACAUGUUCUCUCCGACACCGAGGUCUACGACUUCGACCGGCCCUGCCUCAGCGCGGGUGCGGCGAUCCUGAGCCGUGCGGCCUUUGAGCUGCUUUCGCCGCACGCCUCCUGCAAGACUUGUCCCUAUACCGGGUCCAAUGAGAUCUCGCUGGCCUACUGUGCUCUCUACACCGCUGUGCCGAUGGUUCAUGUUCCGGCGAUGCAUUGCCACACCAGCAACAUGGCCGACCAAGAUCGGCAUCUCACCGCUGAUCUGCUCGCACACCACUGGAUCUCAGCAGGAGGCCUGGCUCAGUCGGCGCUUGGCCGGCAGGUGGAAGCUAUGGACUCCCAUCCCUUCGAGGAGGACUUCCCCAACCUCGCAUGCAAAGUACCUUCCACGCCCGCUUGGACUUCACAGCAGCUUGCUGAAAGGAUCCGGUUCUGCGAGCCCGGCCCAGCUCCAAAGGUCCCAACGUCCGUCGCGGACAGCCUCGGCCCAGAGACCAUCGAAGAUUACUUCGAGGACCGGUGGCCGCACCGCUACGAGGACUUCAGCGAAGUGAGCUUCGAGGACUUCGCAGUACGGAAGGCUCCGGCUCGUUUGGGCCAGCGGUGGGCUCUGCUGCGGCCGGCGGAUGCCUGGCUCCACCGGCCUGCCCUGGGAGCCUUCCUGCAGGAGCUGCGGCGUUCCGGGCUGGAAGUGGGCAGUGUGGCCUUCACCUUCCUCAAGGGGGGCGCCCUGGAUCUGCGGCCGGGCUUGGUGCUCAGCCCGGAGGCGCUGCAGGCUUUGUACCACAGCCCAGGCGGCAUUGAGCAGCUGACGCUGGCAGGCCUUCAGGAGCGUUCAAUCAGGAUUGUGCAUUCUCCGCUGCUGGUGCCGGAGCUGGUGGCUCUGCCGAGGAGCCUGACCGGCUACCUCUCGGAGGGGGCCCUCAGCGGUGUCUGGGCAAUCGGCGAGGUGAACGACGAGUCCAUGCGUGAGGACCUUGAGAUCAAGGCAGCGGACCGUCGCUUCUUUGCCGGGCUGUUGCAGGAGAACUUCGAAGAUCUGCCCGUCGACGCCUGCAGCGACGAGGCGCUUCAGGAGGCGAGGCGCUGGCAACGCUUUCUGCACAACGACGAUGAGCACAUCAAGGUGGUCCGCGGAUUUCAGUCCGGCCGGCGGGAGUUCCGCACGCUGCAUGCGAUGUAUCGGUCCGAGACGGGCGGAGAAGGGAGCUUUAUCACAUCUUUUCGCAUCAAUCAGUUCGUAACUGUAGGUACAAAGAGCCGCAUCAAGAUGGCAGAGGCAUUCGUACUCUCUGUGUGGGGUGGGGACUGGGACCCCACUGGCUGGAGCCCAGGCGUGAGAGAGGAUUUUUCUCGCCUCGCUACAGCCAGCGAUCUAGGUGUGGGCAACGCCAGCUCACGCAGCACCAAGAGCAUGCACGCGAUCAGCGAGGAGGUGCCUACGAUCAGUCCGACCACCGCCUCACCACAGGAUGGCGACUGUCUUGAAUCGCCUGGUAGUCAGGACGUGAGCAAGUUGACCAAAGACUUCGGUGACGAGGGUGUGCUGGCGGCACACAUGAGGAUUCCUCUGAGUGCCCGGAGCACAGGCACUCGAGGGGGCCUAGAGGAGGACGAGGGAAUACCGGCGACCUUGAAGUUCAACAGCAUGAUGACAGAUCUCAGCUACGAUGAGACCGUGCAGCCCAUGCACUCCAUGCCGAACCUGACAUAUUGGCAGGGCCGGCGCAACAGUGGCAUCAAGCUCGGCCGAGGCGACGACGAGGAUCUGGAGGAUGCCAUGAUGAUGACCCACUACCCCAGCAUCCUCACCGAUGGCGGAGACGAGGGCUGGUUCUCGACCCCGCAGCGGCCGGCCGCCACGGGGGGAAUGCAGCACCUCCAGGUGACCGGGGCUCGCGGGGGUCGGCGGAACAGCAACGGAAGGUUGGCCAAAGGUCCUGCUGACUCUGACGAGGACGAGGAGCUUAUGUUUGCGAAACACGCCAGCAUCGUCACCGACAAUGGGGAUGAGGAGCCUUUUGCAAAGCACAGCAGCUUGGUCACUGACUACGGGGAGGAGGAUGGUGGUCGGGUCGGCCGUAUGCCGACGCACCUCGUCCAGGCCGCCAAGAUUUUCCAGGAUGCUUGCGCGGCCUCCAGCACCCAGGCCGCACCAGCAGGAGAUGCAGCAGCUCGAGGGCAUCGGCUGGGCGAAGAGUCGUCCGAAGCCUCUCCGACAUCUGGAGCGUCUCCUGCAUCCAGGACGCCGAUGACCAUCAACAUCCAGGCCGGUCCCGGGUUCCCGGCACAGCCGUGGCAGGGGCCCGGCCCGGCGAAUUCGGCUCCGGGCGCUGGUCCUGGCGGCCCUCAGGGAGGCCUCUUGAGCCAGCCCCAGUUCGGGCCUGCAUCCUCCCGGCCGAUGCAUCUGCAAACAGCCGGGGGCGGCGGUGGCGGCGGCUUCCCAUCACAAGGCACCUUGUUGAACCUCGUGACGCAGGCAGCGGAGGCUGCCGCCCGCCGCGACGCGUCGGCGCGGUCCGCACCGCUCUUCGGACGCGAGGAGCAGCAAAUCCCUGGCAUGCAGCACGCCCUGGAUCCAGCACAGCGAGCUGCUUGGCAGGGAGCGUCACCCUACAUGUUUGUGCCGCCGAACUUUCCCUCAACUUCUCCUUUCGAGAGACCUGGCGCCGGCUUCCUCUCCUCACCCUGCGGCGUUGGGGGUAACCCUCUUGCCGGCCUGCCCAAUACCGCAGCAGCUGCCGCAGCUGCCGGCGCGGGGGUGCAGGAACUGGAAUCCCUCCUGGCCGAGAACAUGCUGCAGCGCCAGCAGCUGGAGCAGAUGCGUUUGGUACAGCUCCAACAGCAGCAACUCCAGAUGCAGCAGCAGCUCCGCCAGCAACAGCAGCAACAGCAUCAGCAGCACCUGCUGCAGCAGUCUUUCCAUGGAGGGGCGCAGGCUCAUAAUGCAGCCAGGAUGCGGCCGGAUCGCUCACGUGGUCAGGACAACAAUAAUAAGAAGCCAGUCUACAAGAGGGGGCAGAGAGAGCGCCAAACCACUGUGAUGCUGCGGAACCUGCCGCAGGGGUACAGUCGAGACAUGCUUGUGGAGUUGAUGAAUCGAAAUGGUUUCCACGCUUGUUUCGACUUCGUCUACAUUCCGAUCAAUUUUCGAUCUCAGGCCAUGUUUGGCUACGCUUUUGUCAACUUUGUGGAUGAAGCCCAAGCCCUCCGAGCCCGAGAUGACUUUGAAGGAUUCACGAACUGGGGCGUGGAGACAGACAAGAUUUGUGAAGUUUCUUGGAGCGAUAUGCACCAGGGCUUGAUGGCCCAUGUGAAUCGCUAUCGGAGUAGUCCGGUCAUGCAUGAGUCUGUCCCAGACGAGUACAAGCCAGCUGUGUUUUCUCAGGGCAGACGAGUCCCCUUCCCGGCGCCAACGAAGCGCAUCCGAGUGCCGCGCAUUCGGCGAGGCCCAGAAGGUGCGCAGGGAGAGGACGGUGACGAUGGUGAAGGAUCCGAAGGAGAUGACGAUGGCCUUGCAGGAGUGGAUGCGGCCGAGG